ACUUAACUAGUUGUCAUGACUUGUGUCAAUUGCUUCCAAAUCCCCAAAAUCUCUGGCGUGUCCCCGGUUCUAGCUCCUUUCCUCGUAAUCUGAUUACAUACCGCGAUAUGUCUCUUUCGUCGGAAUCCACCGUUCCUACGGUUAGUACCGUCACCGUAUCUUACUCGGAGCUCAAGGAGAGCAACAUAGAUUUAUCUGCGAGGGUUGAACAAGGAUUCGGACCUGAUGGACUUGGAAUCAUUUCCGUUAAAGAUGUUCCAGGGUAUUCUGAUUUACGUCAGAAUCUACUUCAGCUUGCACCUCGGUUAGCUAAUCUUCCUGAAGAGGUGAAGAGGGAGCUUGAAGAUGCUCAUAGCAGGUAUAAUUUCGGUUGGAGUCAUGGUAAGGAGAAACUUGAAUCCGGGAAGCUUGACAUGUUAAAGGGUUCUUAUUAUGCUAAUCCUCUACAAGAUGUACCCACGAGUAAUUCAUCUGAAAUCCAGCGGUAUCCAUGGUAUUGUGGAUCAAACAUAUGGCCAGGAAAUUCUUUGCCGGAACUCGAAGGAGCUUUCAAAGCUCUUGGUAAACUGAUGUUCGAAGUUGGGCUGAUGGUAGCUUACCACUGUGAUCGAUAUGUGUCAAAGGGUAUAAAACAACAUGAAAAGCAAAAUCUUGAAAAGAUACUACUUGGCUCUCGGUGUCACAAAGGACGUCUGCUUUACUAUUUUCCUGCACAGGAUAGCACAACGGAUGACAACGAUUCCAUCUCAUCUUGGUGUGGAUGGCAUACAGACCAUGGUUCACUCACAGGUCUUACUCGUGCAAUAUUUUCAAGAAAUUCAGUGGAAGUACCUUGCCCAGAUCCUGCUUCUGGCUUAUACAUUCAAACACGGUCAGGUCAGAUCGUUAAGGUUGUGUAUGGAGAAGAUGAAAUAGCAUACCAAAUAGGCGAGACAACAGCGAUUCUGUCGAGAGGUUAUCUCUGUGCUACACCUCAUUGUGUACGGGCGCCACAAGGAGAUGAGGCUUGUGGUCUAGAGCGAUCUACAUUUGCAUUGUUCAUGCAACCUGACUGGGAUCAGAAGCUUACAUUUCCCAAGGAAGUAACAAACCAUGAAGAUGUCUCUCUCUCUAAUGGCGUCUUGACGUUUGGAGAAUAUACAGAGAAACUACUCAAUAUGUACUACGAUACAAAACCAUAGGACCCUUUUUAACGCAAUGUGUAAAUCACGAUUCCAUUGGUGUAAGAUUAAAAAAAGGGGGGGAAAAAAAAUCCACCAAAUUAGUACUUUCGGUCGUAGGAAGUAAAAUUUGAUUUUUGAUGUUUGGUUUAAUUUGACGUUUGAACCAAACAGAAAUUUACAGAGUACAAUAAUUGGUUUGGUUU